UCUCUCUCUAUUUCCUUUUUUGUUCAACGUUUGACCUUUGAAAAUUUUGACUCUGUUCGGGUCGUACCCCCACUUGCGAUAUCUCCCGAAAGUUGCCCGUCCAUUUAUUGGUGCCUUCUGACCUUCGCAUCCAUGUUCAACCUAUAUAUAUAUAACCCCUCUCUCCUCCGCUCCUCCCGCAGCAACACACGCACCCCACACCCACCGCACAGCACAGAAGGAGAAGCAAAAGAGCGCGCGCGAAGGGGCCGAGGUUUUCUUUUAAGAGGAUGAGCAGCUCGUCGUCGGAGGAGUCCAAGUACGCCGGGGUGCGGCGGAGGAAGUGGGGUAAGUGGGUGUCGGAGAUCCGGGUCCCCGGCACGCAGGAGCGGCUCUGGCUCGGCUCCUACGCCUCCCCAGAGGGCGCCGCGGUCGCCCACGACAUCGCCUCCUACUGCCUCCGCGGGCCAUCCUGCCUCGACAAGCUCAACUUCCCCUCGCUGCUGCCGCCGACCGCGCAGCCCGGCAUGUCCCCGAGGUCGGUACAGAGGGCCGCCUCGGACGCCGGUAUGGCGGUCGACGCGCAGUACAUCGCCAGGAGGUCGAGCGAGGAAGCGGACGGGACGAGCGCCGGCCACCACCCCGGGGCCCGUGGCGGUGGCGGCGCGCAUGCCGGUUGGGAAUGUGCGCACGGGAAUGAGGCUUCUUCUGGGACCUGGGGAGGGAGGAGAGCAGAUGAUGGUUUGAGCAUUUCGGUGGACGACUACUUGUGAUUUUUCCCAACGCAUAUGAAUGCAACAUAGCUUGUGUAUAUUAUUAGAACCACACUAGUUGACUACGAGUUCCGACUGCUUGGUCGAACCGAAAAUAAUUAGAUAAACUCGUUUGAUGAA